CAGCCAGUGUUGGGCCACAUCCCUCUGUCACCUGCCGGAGCUGCCGCGGUCCAGCCACCUACCCCGGGAGAAUGGAGGCACCUGCACAGGUACCUGAUGUGGGGCCCUCGGGCAGCGUGUCCUGGGGUCUCCCCAGCCUGAAGUGGAGGGAGGUGUCCCACGUGUGACCCUGAACCCACACGCAUGCACACGCACACGCGCGCGCACGCACACACACACACACACACAGGGCGAGGGCAGGAGAGCCACGGAGCCCCCACUGACUGUGGGCUUGGUGUGUGUGUGGAGCGUGUUUGUACACAUUCGUGUACAUGUGUGACCGGGGAGCCCCCUGCUCCUACUGUAUCUGAGGUGUCUCGGAAUUCGUGCCCAUGUUUGCCCAGUGCAUCAUGGGCAAACCGUCUCAAUCCCCAGAGCUCCCCUCUGCCCCGGGAGGCCCGUGGGGGUGGGAGUGGGCGGGGCUGCAGGGAGGAGGGAGACAACAUGGGUGCUGGAGUCAGAAGCCCCUUCCGGAGUCCUCUGCCUCACCUGCAACCCACGGCUGAGGGCUCAGCAUGUUCGUGGAGAGGGAGACACAGGUGUGGGCAGAGCUCUGUGCCGUGUGGCUCCCACCAGCAGGACCCCCGGGUGGCACGUGCUCCUGGUGGCAAGGCAAGUAGGGGGCCCACACACCGAAGGCCACAGGAGGGGGAGGCCCACCCACCCCACCCCAGCUGGCUUGCUGGGACACGCAUGUUCUCAGAGCACAUGGGAGCAGCCCGCUCGGCAUACCUGGCAGCCGUGUGCUGGCUGAGCCCCAGCAGCCGCUUCCCUCGGCUCAGCCCCCUCCCCAGGCAACCCCAGCCGGUUGGUGGAAGGGCCCAGAGCCCAGACGCCUGCACCCAGUCACUGGAGGCCUAAUGAUUCAGACCCGAUGGGGACAGUGCGGAAAGUCCGCUGGAGGCCUGCGCCGUGACUCAGUGUGCCCAGGGCAGCAGGUCUGGCCCGCUCCGGCCUGCGUCUGUGCACUGGGGUGUGGGUCUGGGGACACGGACCUCCGGGGCAGGACUGGGGCCAGGCAGGCCAUGGCUCUACUCCCGGGGCCUCAGGUCACGACCACUGGCUGGCCCCUGCCCACUUUUCCUGAAGCCCAAGGCCCAGCUGGGUGGACCAUGCCCCACCCUCGGCCCACAACCCUGAGCGGCACUCAGGCCUGACCCUUGGCCCAGACACGGCCGACCUGCCUGGCUCCGUCAUCCUAGCACAACGCGGAUGUGGGGAGUUGGGGGAGGCCAUCGAGGCCCAGAGUCAAGCCUUCCAGGUCCCCCCGAUAUUGGGCUCCUGGCCCACGGACAGGACACAGUCUCUCCUCUGAGCAGGUCACCUGGCCUCCUCCUGCCCACAGGCCCUGCCCCACCUGGGGGAAGGCAGGCAGACCCCCGUGCCCUGCUCUCUCUGCCCCCACCGCCCAGCUCGGCUCUGCCCUGAUAAGACACGCCUGGGGAGGCGGGGUGGGGCCAUGCCAGGCAUUGUGGGCAUGGCUGCGGGUCAGUCCCAGCGUGGACAAGCCUCAGAUGGGGCCUCUUUCGAGCUUCAGCAGGUGGGGCCCUGCCCCUGGUGGCCGAGGGGCACAUCUGUCCUGGGAGGUCCCAGGGACAGAGACUGGAAGCCCGCCUGGCCAGGGUGGAGAGGCCUGGGUGGGGAUCCGGCUGGGUCAGGCCCCGCUGAGGCCCGCUUCUCGGACGCAGGCUGGCGCAGUGGCCCAGGCAGCUGGUGUGGGACCCAGGACCUGCAAGUGCCCCCAGGCCCCGCCACCGCCCCCCAUGGAGGAAGGGCCCGGGGAGCCGCUGGUGGAGCUGCCCGGCUCCUUCAGGGAGCUGUUUACCUUCUUCUGCGCCAACACCACGGUGCACGGCACCAUCCGCCUCAUCUGCUCCAGCCAGAACCGCCUCAAGACGGCGUCCUGGGGGCUGCUGUUCCUGGGUGCCCUGGGCGCGCUCUACUGGCAGUUCGGGCUCCUCUUCGAGCAGUACUGGCGCUACCCCGUCAUCAUGACCGUGUCCAUGCACUCCGAGGGGAAGCUCUUCCCGUCCGUCACUCUGUGCGACAUGAACCCGCACCGGCCCAGCCCAGUGCGCAGACACCUGCAGGCCCUGGACGCGUUUGCCCAGGAGAACAUCUACGCCCUCUAUCAGUUCAACCUCAGCACGAGCGGGGCCAUCCCCCCCGUGGAGGAUCCGGGCCCGGUCCCCGCCUUCCAGCUGGACCGCAGGGUCCGCCUGGAGCGGCUGAGCAGCCCGGGCAGCCAGAACAAAGUGGGCUUCCGGCUGUGUAACAGCACCGGCGGCGACUGCUUCUACCGCGCCUACUCGUCGGGCGUGACUGCCGUCCGAGCCUGGUACCGCUUCCACUACGUGGACAUCCUGGCUCUGCUGCCCCCGAGCCCCGAGGGCGGCCACCAGAGCCACGGCGGCCACUUCGUCUUCUCCUGCCGCUACAACGGCCAGGACUGCCAGGCCCAGCACUUCCAGACGUUCCACCAUCCCACCUACGGCAGCUGCUACACCGUCAAUGGCAUGUGGACUGCGCAGCGCCCGGGCAUCACCCACGGGAUCAGCCUAAUCCUCAGGGCUGAGCAGCAGGACGACCUCCCGCUGCUGUCCACCGAGGCGGGCAUCAAGGUCAUGGUCCACACGCGGGACCACACGCCCUUCCUGGAGCACCGGGGCUUCAGCAUCCGGCCCGGGACGGAGACCACCAUCGGCAUCCGAGAGGACGAGGUGCACCGGCUCGGGAGCCCCUACAGCCACUGCACGGACGGCGGGGAGGGCGUGGACGUCCCGCUGCUGUACAACAACACCUACACCAGGCAGGCCUGCCUGGUCUCCUGCUUCCAGCAACUGAUGGUGAACACCUGCUCCUGCGGCUACUACUUCUACCCCCUGCCGGCGGGGGCCGAGUACUGCAGCUCCGCGCGGCACCCGGCCUGGGGCCACUGCUUCUACCGCCUCUACAGGAAACUGGAGACCCACCGGCUUCCCUGCUCCUCUCGAUGCCCCCGGCCCUGCAGGCAGUCUUCCUACAAGCUGUCAGCGGGGAGCUCCAGCUGGCCUUCCUCCAAGUCAGGGGACUGGAUCCUGGCCGUGCUGGGCGAGCGUAGCCCCCGGAGCCCUGGCCGGAGCCCGAGACCCAGGAGCAACGUGGCCAAGGUGAACAUCUUCUACCAGGAGCUCAACUACCGCACGGUGGACGAGACGCCUGUCUACUCGGUGCCGCAGCUGCUGUCGGCCAUGGGCAGCCUCUGGAGCCUGUGGUUCGGCUCCUCCGUCCUGUCCGUCCUGGAGCUGCUGGAGCUGCUGAUCGACGCCGUGGCCCUGGCCGUGCUGCUGGGCUGCCACCGGCUCCGGCGCAUGCAGGGGUCCCGGCCGCGGGCGGCCCACACCAAGCCAGAGACCAACCAGGUGCCCGGUGACUGCGGGCAUGACGCCACACGCCCAGGGGCCCAGCCGGUGAUGCCUCCCGGGGUGCUGGCUGGAGUCUCAGCGGAAGAGUUAGGUCAAGUGUGGGUCCCCCAAGACUCCUGACACCUGAACCAGCCGGAGCUGAGUCUGAUCCUGGGGGCUGUGGCUCAGUGGGCUCUCCUGGCUUCCCAGGGGGGCCUGCCCAGCACCACAGGGGUCCCCUGGCGGCCAAGCAAAGCCUCGGGCCCAGGAAGCAGCAGCGUGGAGCCCAAGGGCUGGCUGGCUGGCUGGCAGGCAGGUACGAGGGCGCCCAGCACAUCAGGGCCUCUCACUGGUGCAGCCACGUGCCCCAUGGAGGCCUCGCGGUUCUCAAGAAGCCCAGGGCAGGGAGGAGGAGUGUCCCCACCACUCUGAUUCCUAUGUUCCAGGAGGGACUGAGCACCUGUGCGUGUGUGUGUGUGUGUGCACACACUCAUACAUGUGUGUGUGCAUGCAUGCAUGUGUUUGCCUUCAUGUAAAUGUACAUGUAGGGGGUGCCUCCACAUGGGAGCGUGUCUGUGUUUGAAUUACAUGUUUGCCUGUGUCAGCAUGUCUUCCCACACCUCAGCUCGCGGCAGGUGGGAGGGAGGGCAGGGCCAGGCCGAGGCCUCGGUGAGGCUGGGCUGCUUUGUAAUAAAACUGGGAAUUCUACCUGGUGCUACAACA